ACUUGGCUAACCGGCAUCAGAGGACCACGGGACCGCAGUAAACGUGACGAAAAUGAAACCAAAGGUGAGUUCGUUGGCGCCAGCAACCAAGAUGUGUUCAUUGAACAAUGCGAAUGUCAUGCACAGGUAUUGAUUGCGUCACUACUGGCACUGCUAUCUGCAAUCAAGGCGGUGGAACCCCAACUAAACAGCCAUGACUAUGGAAGUCUUCUUUAUCAACUAAGAACAGUGCCGGAAAGUGACCAGUGCGAAGACUACAACGAUAUUACAAGGUGGAUGGAUGAGCGGGUUAAGCUUAAUGCCCAGCUGAAGGAGUUUCAGGAAGAUAUUGGGGCUCUUCAAAGCUCUCUCAAUGGAACAACUUCUUGCUGCUCCUAUGAAAAUACCACCCUGCUAUUAAUCAAUGAAAAUGUAAAUGCAAUAAUGAAGCAGAGUGGAUUAGAAGUAGAGGAGCCAGAAGCCAGCGAAGACCUUGGAAGGAAUCUGGAAGAUAUUUUAUCCAAGAUCAAACAGGCUGUUUUCAAUGCCUUUAACAUUUGCUGUGAAAACUGGCAAGAAAAAAUUGACAAGUUUAAAGUUGAAUUGGAAGAAAGAGUUCAGAAUAUGGCCAAGAAAUUAAAGGAGGAGAAACCCAAAGACUCAAGUCCGAUGGAGGAAGAACUUGAAGUGCUGGAAAGUCAAAUAAAAGAUCUCAAGUCCAGCUUGGAAAAAUUACAAAAUCAGAAUAAUGGUCCAGAAGUAAGGAGCAAUUGUUGCGAUGAACUAAAAGGACAAAUUCAAGAUUUAAAUACCAAAACUGACAUGGCUAAGAGCGCAGCAGAUGAGCAAAUAAAAGCCAUAGAAAAUCAGAUCAAAAAACUAAAGGACAACCAACAAAAUCUUGAAGACAAGACAACUAUUUUGAAAAAUACUAUUAAUGAGAAAACGGAAAAUGUUUUGGAGAAGUGGAAGAAAAGUUGUGAAAAUGAUAAAAACUUAAAAAGUGACUAUGUGGAAAAUGAUUUCCUAAUCGAUUUGGGUAAAAAAGUUAAAAGCCUACUGAAGUUCAUAAAAAAUCACCCAAAUAAGUUGGUUAACCUUACAAAAGGCGAAUCAUCCACUAAUUAUGGCCAAAUCCUUGACUCCUGCUCCCACCAUAACGAAAAGCUAAGUAAAAUGUUAGUAAAACUUCAAAACACAAUAAAACCAAAACCAAGAACUGGGGAUAAAUCUCCGCCAGUGGUCUCCCAAACUGAAGAUCUAAAAAUAACUUCAGAAAGUAAUAAAAAUUGUUCAUCUAAUGAAAAGCUUAGAGACCGCAUUGAAGACCUUCAAAAAGAAAACAAAAACAUCAGUGAAGAAGUGAAAAAUUUCCCCAAAUGCUGUGAGAAAAUUGAAGAUCUUACCCAGCAAGCUGAUAGAUUGAAAAUAAAACUCGAAAAGAUGAAUCAGACCUUCAAUGAUCACAAAAAAGCUAAUAAAAACAGUUUACAACCCUUAAAAGAUGGCUUAGAUGCAGCUCUAAAAAAGUUAGUCAACUUGAAUCAAUCAGAAAGUAGUGAUCAUUUUCAGGAUCAACUAAACAAGAUUAAAAGGAAGCUAAGCCAAGGUAACUUGGAUUUGGGAAAAAUGAAAAACAAACAAGAUUAUAUUCUAAAGGUUAUAGAAAAUGCCACAAGCCAAGCUAACUCUAAUGAGUUGGAGAAACUUCAAAAAGAUUUCGAAGAGUUCCGUCUUAAUGUCGAAAGGAAGUUAAAAGAUUACAAAAAUAAAAAGUUGGAAAAACCAGCUAAAGUCAAGGAACGCGAGAAACGUAUAGAAGAGCUCACCGAUAAAGUUCGUCAGGAUAAGGCUAAAUUGCUGAAAACUCUUAAGCGCCAUGAGGAACUGGAAGAAAAGGUCAAAGAUAAAUUGGAAAAACUAAAAACACCUUCGAGUAUAAUGCUUGGGUGCCAGAAAAAGUGUAAGGAAAUGAGCAAUAUGGAUGUGCUGAAAAAUCAAAUCAAAGAAGCGGAAAAGUUGGUUAAACAAAAAGUAGUUUCAAAACCAAUUCAAGAACGAAAACCAUUACUAAAACCCGUGCCGAAACAAGUAACAAAACCGUUAAAAAAACCGACACCAAAACCCAAAAAAAAAUAUCCUGAAGUCUAUAUAGGUGGCGUUGACUAUAUUCCUCUUCCGCACAGAGGAAAGGGAGUGCAAUGGCUAACCGGCAUCAGAGGUCCACGGGACCGCAGUAAACGUGACGAAAAUGAAACCAAAGGUGAGUUCGUUGGCUCCAGUGUAGAAGAUGUGUUCAUUCAACAAUGCGAAUGUCAUGCACAGGUAUUGAUUGCGUCACUACUGGCACUGCUAUCUGCAAUCAAGGCAGUGGAACCCCAACUAAACACCCAUGACUACGGAAGUCUUCUUUAUCAACUAAGAACAGCCUCGGAGACUGAGCAGUGUGAUGACUACAACGAUGUUACGAGGUGGAUGGAAGAGCACAUGAAACUUAAUGUAUAUUUGGAGAAGUUUAAGAAUGAUCAGUCUUCUCUACUGAUUUUCCUCAAUGAGACGAUUUCUUCAAAGAUUUGCCGCUUCUAUGAAGAGAACACUUUGCAAUUAAUUAAUGAUAAUUUAAAACAAGACUCUGGCAAUGAAGUUCAGCAUAUACACACUGGCAACGAAGUUCAGAAUACAGAAACUGGCACCGACACACAGCUUAUUGUUCCUGAAGCUGAUCUAGACAAAAAUCUGGAAAAUAUAUUAUCUCAAAUAAAGAAAAACUACCCCAAGGGCUUAAAAACCUGCUGUGAAGAUUUGAAUUCAUCAAUCAACGAGCUCAAAGAUGAACUGGGCAAGAGACUAAAGAAUUUGACAGAAAAAUCUGAAGUUGUAAACCCAGGAAACUCUUCGCUGAAGGACGUUCUUGAAAAGAAACUAAAAAUGUUGAUGGAUGAAAUAGAAGACAUAAAACAGAACUUGCAGAUGUUGCAACCAAAAUUAAGUGGCAAGGAAGGAAGCACAAAAUGCUGUACUGAAAUACAAAAAGAUGUUAAGAAUUUAAACGAUAAACUAACUAUAAUGAAAACCCAAGCUGAUAACCGAGUUCAUAGGCUAGGCAGUCAGCUAAAGGAUCUCAAAGAUAAGCAACGAAAUAACUAUCAAAUAGUAUCUCAUUUAAACCAAACUACUGUUAAUCGCGUUGAAAGUAUUAAAGAUAUUCUUAAUAACUGCGAGAAUAAUUGCGUUAAGAAGAAUGUUAUUGAUGAAAAUAACUUGGAAAAGAUUAAAAACAUGAAAAACCUACAAGUACAUGUGGAAAAAAAUGAUUUAAAUUUUAUCAUUCAGUCGCCAGCAAACUUAAGUGAAAAACUUGAAACCUGUAAGAAAAAUAUCGAAAAACUGACUGAAAUCCAAUCUCAAAUUGAGUACUUGAUAAAUAAUAAAACAAAUACAUGUUUUAGAUUAAGAGACGCAGAAAAUGUAGGUCAAGUGACUUCUGAUGGAAGUGUUUCUAAUGAUCAGUUGGGAAGCCUCAUGAAGGAGUUACAAAAAGAAAGAGAAAUUUUGCACAAGAAACUUGAAAAGUUUGAAAAGUGCUGCCAAAAUAUUGUUCUCCUUCACGGACGAGCCUUAACUUUAAAAAAUGACUUAAAACUAAUCAAUGAAACUUAUAAAGAUUAUAUUAAUAUUUUAGCAUACGAAUUAGAUGGCUUAAAAGACCACAUGGAUGAAGCCCAGCAAAAGUUGUUCGAAAGUCAAUCAAGAAAUAUUGACGAUCCUGGGGAGCAAAUAAAAAUGGUCAAUAAGGAGAUGGAUAACCUCAUGAUGAAAUUAAAAAUUCUGAUUGACAGAGAGGUGGAGGUGGUCAAAGAUUGGAAUAAACUCACAAAUUCAACACCCCCAUCUGAUGUUUUGGACAAUUUGGAAAAGAAUUUAGAUAAGUUUAGUGAAGAUGUUGAUAAGCAAUUAAAGGAUUUCGAAGUUCAAAAACUGGACAGCAAAGAUCCCUUGGGAUUACUUCAAAGUUUUAAUAAUAAAAUCAAUCAAGUUGUAAAUAAUGUGAGAAAUGCAAGUACGAACUCUCAAAAACGGAAUAAUCAGAUCCAAGAUCAGAUUAAGGAACUGCAAAAGCAAGCCACUUACAUGCUGGAAUGCAAAAAUCAGUGCUUGCAGAUCAACAAUUUGAAUGAUAUCAUAGAUCGGGUAGAGGACCUGGAAGUGGCGGUUAAGACAAAGGUAACUAAGUUUAGGAUUAGAUUUAAAUUUCUGAAAUUUCUGAAUCUUUUUUGUUUCUUUUCAGAAAACCAAAAGUUAAGUUGGUUAGAUUUUUAAAUAUAU